CGCAGCCCAGAGGCGGCAGCAGAGAAGCACCGAUAUAUCACACACAAGAGAGAGAACGCAUCUGUUCUGUCCGUAUAGCCUACAGCAGGUGACUUGGCUGAGCGUUCGGAGAUAGACACAAGAGACUUUGAGCUGAUCCUGAGCCAAGCCAGUCCCAGUGUCUCCAGCAGACCGAGGGAGUGGGCUCAACCAAUAAAAGUGAUUAGCAGACUCGGACAGCCAAUCACGGCGACUCUAGCAACAUGACGACCAACCAGCUGUGGCCAACUGAGAAGAGUAUAGAAAGACUAUAACUGCCUGUCUACCCCAUCACCCUGUACCCCUCUACACCGCCUUGAACUCUCUCUCGAGCCCCCCAUCAACUCCCAGUCUCUACCCCCUCAGAGGGAGUUCAGUAAGCACCCUCUAACAGCCUUCAAAGCCCUUCUUCCACCAUGACCAAUAACAGCAGCUCCCCUGGCAUCUGGGAGACCACUGAUUGGUCCGAGUCAGGCCAGUGCCCGCCCUCGGUGUGCGGGGCCACAUUCCUUAUUGUGGCCUACAGCACGGUGAUCGCGGUGGGGUUACUAGGCAACGUGGGCCUGGUGUUCAUCAUUGGGCGGCAGAAGGAGCUGCGUAACGUCACCAACAUUCUGAUCGCCAACCUGUCCUGCUCGGAUAUCCUGAUGUGUGUGGUGUGUCUGCCAGUCACUGUCAUCUACACUCUGAUGGACCGCUGGGUAUUGGGGGAGGCACUCUGCAAGGUCACUCCGUUUGUACAGUGUGUGUCAGUGACGGUGUCUAUAUUCUCCCUGGUGUUGAUUGCGUUGGAGCGCCAUCAGUUGAUCCUGCACCCUACUGGCUGGUCUCCAGCAGCAGGCCACUCCUAUCUGGCCGUAGGUCUCACCUGGUUGGUCGCCUGCUUAAUAUCCCUCCCCUUCCUAUCCUACAACAUUCUGACUGACGAUCCCUUCCAGAACCUCACACUGCCCGCCAACCCCUUCAGAGACCAUGUGAUCUGUAUGGAGAAAUGGCCGACAGAUAGACACCGUCUGGCCUACACCACCUUCCUGCUGCUGUUCCAGUACUGCGUCCCUCUGCUAUUGGUGCUGCUCUGCUACCUCCGCAUUUUCCUACGCCUACGUCGACGCAGGGACAUGGUGGAGCGGAGCCGGAAGGCCCGAGGAGCCCAGAGGAUCAAUGCUAUGCUGGCGGCCAUCGUAGCUGCCUUCGCCCUUUGCUGGUUGCCGCUUAACGUGUUCAACGCGAUAUUCGACUGGCACCACCAGGCGCUGCCCGCCUGCCAGCACGAUGCUUUGUUCUCUGCCUGCCACCUCACUGCCAUGGCCUCCACCUGUGUCAACCCUGUGGUGUACGGCUUCCUGAACAGUAACUUUCAAAAGGAGUUGAAGGUUCAGCUGCAGCGCUGCCACUGUGGCUUGGGGGCGCCAGAGAGCUAUGAGAAUUUCCCGCUCUCUACCGUCGGCAGCGAGGGGAUAACCAAGAUGUCAACGCUGAACCGGGCACGGUCAAUGAGCACCGCGCUGCCUCCACGGGCCGAGCCCAUUGUUAGCAUACGCAGCUAACGUCUAGCCAACAGAGUGGCUAAUGCUAAUGGAUAAGUAGUGUAGCGUGUACAGCUGUCAGACAGGGAUACAGUUCACAUCAAGUAAGCAGCAAACGAACAAACCCCCAAAUGAACAGAGCUGGCAUAGAGCAGCUAACGCUAAUGGACAGAGCUAGCGGCUGAUGCUAAAGAGAGACAGAGUGGAAAUAAGCAGCUGGACAGACAGAGCUAGUUGGCCCCAGUCUCCAUGAGGUUCAGUCAAUUUCUGAAUUCCUAUAAAGCAUUGCAGGCCGCGCAGACUAUACAGAACUAAUGUAUGCACUUAGCUAAAAUAAAAAUGAACGAACAGAUCCAUACAGCUAAUCAACAGUGCAGCUCGUGGCCAGAGUGCACACAUGCAGCUACGCUAGGUAGCACACAGCUGGAGAGACUGCGACAGAGAGAGUGACGGACCCAGGGACGUGUGGGCUCUGUUUCCAUGGUGAUGGUGUAUUUCUGAACUAAGUCAGUUUGUUCCCAGAAGAAUUGUCGUCACCAGAGUUUGACAUCAUCCUAGGGUGUUAAGCUGCUGUCACGCCAGUCGGAUGGAUGGACGGACAGUCAGUCAGUCAGACAAUUCUGAACUCAGGGCUGCCUUGAGCUGAUAUGACAGCUGUCUCUCUAACAUCAGAAUAACCUGUUGACACUGACAGCCCUCCCUCUCAGUCGCUGUCUCCCUGUGAGCUGUUCAGUAAUCAGAGAGAUCAGUCUGAGACAUGCUGAUGAAAGAGACAGAGAGAGGGGAGGAGAGAGAGAGUCCCUGACGUUGCUUACGCAUUGCAGACAGAUCAUACACACACAGAGCAGGCUGACCGGACUGGCUGUCUGGUCUACUGACUGUCUGGCUGGUCUACUGUCUAUCUGUCUAGGUGGCCGAGGGGCCGAUUGGUUGGCUGGCCUACUGUAGAUCUUCGUCAUUAAUCCACAUCAACUUUAUGAUUGUAUAAAACAGUGGAAAUGGAUGUAAAAAAAUAUAUAUCAUGAUUUUUAUAUUUUUGUCUAAAAGUGAAACAAAAUUCUACUUCUUUCCAUUUGUGAUGAAACUGCCAAGGCUCCAGCUUGAUGUUGUGCAUCUGUAAAUGUAUAUAUGGAGUGUUUUUGUUAUUGUUUUUAGUUGGCUCUGAUUUUAAUGAUCCAACCAUAUUGCUCAUGUAUAAAAUUAGUAUUAGCUUGUGUGUGUGUGUGUGUGUGUGUGUGUGUGUGUGUGUGUGUGUGUGUGUGUGUGUGUGUGUGUGUGUGUGUGUGUGUGUGUGUGUGUGUGUGUGUGUGUGUGUGUGUGAACCCUCUUAGGUGUGUGUUCAGGAUAUAAUCACCUCAGCCCUUCUCAUUGGCUCCUGCCCCAGACAUUGAGGCCUGUUUGGAUCUUAACGUCAGGCAGUUUCCUGCUUCACUAGAGCCAAUCAUGUGUUAACAUGUAAAUGCUGCUACAUGCUAACGUGUUAGCUUUGGCCAGUCCAGAAACAAUCCUGGCCCUAACUCCUGGGCCCUGAACUAGAACAGGAUCCUAGUGCAGAUAUGACCACUCACCAUUGUAGUACAGAUGUCGGAUUUUAAUUUGAUCACUCUUUUGUCCCUCUCUCGCUCGCUCAAACACUAAAGCACCAGACAGUAUAUCUUUUUUUCUUCCUACUGCUACUGUAGACCUAUAGGUCCUAUUACUGCAACAUUAAAAUGUACAAAAAUGUAUCUGAAAGGAACCUAUACACGUCAACAACCGUUGUUUUAUAUAGCUUAAUAACAAAAGAUAAAAAUUGGUCCACUACGACAUACAAAUGUCAAGUGUAUCCGAAAUGCAGCCGUACAGUAGGCUACACCCAAAUUAUAGCCUACUGUAGCCUAUCAAAACUAAUUGCACACACAGGCCUAUAACAUUAGAUGUAAAAGUGAAAUUGAGAAUAGUGAGGUAGCCUACGGAAUGGAGCGUAAUGCCGCAUAAGAGAGCGACUGAUUAAAAAUACAUUUAAAAAAAAAAACAUUCUAAAAGGUUACGAAUCAACUAUCAAAAUGUAGUUCAAUUAUGGCAUGGGUUGGUCUAGCAGUCAGGGCUGCUACCUUCAGUGCCGUGUAGGCAUGGGCUUGAUUCUGGCACACACCCUUCUGACACCCACAUUAUUCAAACCACCCGAUUGACUUGAUUUAGUUACACAUUUCAAAUACUUACACAUUUCAAAUACACAUUAUUAUUAUUAUUUUUUAAAGAGACCAUACCAGAUACUAAUAUUUUAAAGACUUUUGUAUUUAAUGGAACAUAAAUAGGAAUUAUGAAUAUCAAAUAAUAACAGUAGGCUACACCAACAUUAGUUUCCAUUCAUACAAAGUGUUGGGUAAAAUGCCACAGUAGAUUUGCCAUGGUAAAUGAGGAAAUACUUGAUUUCAAUUGUACUGAAUGCUUGUAAAACACAUAACUCACCCUUAGUCUGUUCGAAAAGGACAGAGGCCUAGGUUCAAUCAGAUCAACCGUUAACCGGAGAAAGCAGACACCCGCAUAGUCGAUGCUUUGGCGUUGUUGGAGGUGGAACUGCACUGGAGCCAUCAAAUGGUGAGCAGCUGCUCUUGCAAUCAUUGUCAUGAAGCCACACCUGCCACCCUUGAAUUAUGAAAUUCAGAUCGAGGAAGUGUACGCUAUAUAGAAAUAAUUAUGCUCAAAUUGAAAAUCAUGAAACUAAAUAAUGAGGGUUUCUAUCAUCCUAAUCGAGGUGUAUAGUACAUCUCAAAUUCCAGUGUUCCAACUUGUAAACAAGGCUGCAUGGGAUUUCUGUUAAUGCGACUCCGUGCAGCCAAUGGCAAUGUCCGCUUUAGGUAUAAUCAGUGGUGUGUAUUCAUGGGUGCCAAGGGAAGCCAGGCUUCCCAAAAUAUACAGUACCAGUCAAAAGCUUGGACACACCUACUCAUUCCAGGGUUUUUCUUUAUUUUUACUAUUUUCUACAUUGUAGAAUAAUAGUGAAG